AUGAGUUAUGCAACCUAUUUAUACAUGUGUAAAAUAUUUGGACUGUAUGCCGCUGAUGAACAUUCAACACUAACGGUAGACCAACUCCCCAUGCACAGCGAAUAUAUGGGGAGUUCAUGUUAUUCCGAGGAAAACCAUCGAAAUCUGACCAGGGAGGAUUCUACUGCAAACCAGGGCAAAAUUAAGAGUAUUAAACACUACGCGCCACCAGAAAACUCGCGCUGUGUAAACUUGUUUCGGACAUAUCUGUCAUAUAUCCCAAACAGCGGGCCAUUCUAUAGAAGACCACUGAAGUCAAAGAAUGGCGAAAUAAAGUUCUCUGCACAAAAGCUUGGUGUUCAUACAUUGCAGGGAUACAGUAAGCAGAUGACUGAUCUAGCUGGGAUAAACGGUUAUCAUACUGGGCAUUCAGGAAAAGUUACACAUGCAACCACGCUGUUCCGGCAAAAUUUCGACGAGCAGCUAAUAGCAAAAAGAACGGGUCACUCCAGUCUAGCAAUUAGAAGCUACAAGCGGACCAGCGACGAGCAGACAUAA